AUGGAAUCCCCUUUUCGGAUCAGAGAGGAGGACAAGGCCGCCUUGAAUGACAGUGAAAAGUUUCAAGCGGUGAGGCUGCGCUUGCAAGAGAGUGCACGGUUAGAGUAUGCCCACCAUGAUGACCGCCAGAAGGCUAGACAGAAAACGAAAGAACCUGGCUCUCUAACGAAAGGUAGAUUCUGCACAUUGCACGGAAAUGAGAUCGUUUCAUCUGAGAAAAAGACAUUCCAGCUCCAUCGCGAUAUACUACACGCCCUCUUCACGCCAUUGUUGCAGUUUCUUCGGCAGGCGUCUUUGGUCGCUGCGCUUGCUGUACCGGACCAGCCACGUUCGGAUUUGGAGCUGGCUUUCCGUGGCGAUGCUCGCAGUGCGUACGCGUGGCUUCGAUGUAUAGUGACCGAAGAGCGCAAUUGGUGUCUGACAAAGGGUUGCCCCGCCUGCGUUGUGUUGCAUGUGUUUCAAUCCGAGCCACUCGUCCGUCUCAUCAUCAUUGCGUGUCGCUUUCCAGAAUAUAUGAGGUCUGCAGGGCUCGGCCGCUGCCAGCACCACGUCCCUUCGUUCCGGUUCUGGUUGACUGCCUUGAAAGACGCCGUGGAGAGAGAUCCGUUCUGGGACGACGGGUUCUGGCAAAGGGUCGAGUCCCGUGCGACCUCUCUGGAGUUGGGCAUCUAUCAGCUUACGGUGCAGUGCCUCCAAUUACGCGGUGUGGGGAGCAGGAAGUCGGUUGGCAUGUCCCGAAGCGACGUCAUGCCCAGGCCCCGGCCGCAGUCUGAUGGCGUUCAGCUAAAGCUCUCGGCCAUAGCGUUGAGGCAGGUGACGAUGAAAUGGGAGGAACAGGCUGAAUUGUCGAAGCUGACUGCAGGGGGUGCCCGGUCGCAGCCGAGCGGCCCAGGCACCUAGAUCGCAGAACCGCCUCUUUCCCGUCCAUAAUACGGGUUAAUACAUGAUACCAUCAAUGUUAAACGCUAGAGGCUAGAGGCUAUAUUGGACGAGGACCUUGUUGACCAUGACCUUUUCUUUUCUCUUUUUUUUUUUUUUUUUUGUGGUUUCACCUGUCACUUUGGUGAAGAGUCAUGGCUGCGAUUCCGACCUCGGUGCUUACUAUCUUCUGUCUUCUGUCACUCAGCUCAAGGAGGUUCAGGUUUGUCUCAAGUACGGAGCAGAUAUGUACAUGCUGCUCCUUCACAAGUCUCCUUCCGGUACCCGUCAAAAAAAAAAAAAAAAUAUGUCAGGAAAAUGUACUUUACAUACCUUGCGUAUUGAGAACCUCCAGUUCCGAUACUCUUA